AUGAUUUUAGAAUUGCUACAACUCGGUGAAGACAGCCCCCUUUUGAAAGUAAUGUUUGAGGUUAUGCGUUCGCUCAGCCUCCAAGUGUCCAUCACUUUCUGGGUGUUGGGAUUUUUCAUAGUUAUAGUGUCCAUGUUUGGAAUGUACUCUGCUUACAAGCCGGAACUUGCCGUUUUUCUGGUAUCCAUCAUGCUUCAGAUGGUCCUGUUUGCUUUGCUCAUUCUCGUGCUUAGGAUGUACGCUAACCAGGAAAAAGCGAUUGAAGCAUUCGUCAUGGAAAAUAUCAAAAAAAUUCUUGUCUCCAAUUAUAAAAUGAACUCGGAUGAAGAGGAUCUGACAACGAGCAUGGGCUUUCAGGUUUUAUGGGAUGAGCUGCAGACUCGCUAUAAUUGCUGUGGGGUAUUCUCUUACAAGGAUUACGAGAACACUAGUGACUUUAACCCUUUAAACGGCAUGGUGCCUUACUCCUGUUGCCUCAAUGCGAGUGAAGAAUGCAUAGAAAACCCUCAAAACUCAAGCGAUUUAAUUCUGCGAGCCUGUUCGAAACCAUUGUGGGACGAAAUUAGGCCGAAAAUAGUCAUCGGCAUUUAUUGCAUGAUCCCAAUUGUGGUCUAUGUAUUCAUACUAAUUAUUCUAUCCUUCAUAGUCUGCUGCCAAACUGUCGAUUUUGACGAUGUAGAAGAGGAAGAUGACAAGGAAGAUUAUUACCAUUAG